AUGCAUCCCCAAAUUAACCAAGACACUACAAACAAAGCUGUUUCUAUUAACCCACAUCCAGUAUCACAUUCAAUGCCAUCGUCGUCCACUACAGUAACCUUAAAGCAAUCGACAUUACAGGUAAAUACGUUCAGUAAAAAAAAUGUUGUAAAAAUUGACGAGAAGCUUACCUUGAUGAUAGCGACUGACUUCCAGCCUUUUUCCGUGGUGGAAGAUUCUGGUUUUAAGAAUUUUGUAGAAGCUCUUUGCCCAGACUACAAAAUUCCUGACAAGCGAAAGAUACGUUAUGAAAUAAUGGCCAGACUUUACAAAUCAGCAAGUGCCAAAUUAAAAGACAUUUUGAAUGAGAUAGACAAUUUAUCACUUACCAGUGACUUGUGGAUGAGCAGGAACAUGGAGGCGUUCCUCACAGUUACUGCUCAUUUUUUUUAUAACGGACUUUUGCGCAGCUGCGUUUUGACCACAACCGCUAUGCCAGAAUCGCACACCGCUGAAAAUCUUGCUGAAAAAAUUAAGGCAAUUUCUUCGGAAUGGGGCAUAGAAGAUAAAAUUAUUGCCAUGAUCUGGGAUGCAUGGGUCAAUAAAACAAAAAUUAAGGCCCGUAGAGUACGAAGUCACAUGGCUGCGACUGGUGGAGGACCAGCCAUUCCAGGCCUAACUGAGAUUGAGGAAAAGAUUCUGUAUGUGGUGGGAUCUGCCUCAAUCACUGGCUUUACAGAUGAAGAAGUUGGGAUUGAUCUACCAGCCGCAGCAGCAUUACAACCACAUGUAUUGACUCAACAGGCUCUGGCACAAUGUGUCGAUGCUCCUGGUCCAUCUGGGAUCAUCCCCCCAAUCAACCAACCCACAAGGAAUGCAGCUGUAGACCAAGAGUUACAAAUUAGAACACCUUGUGAGCCAAGGUCUAGAGCUCAUACUGGGGUCAGGUCUUCUAGAUCUCGCCCUAGACUCUCUAGACCUCGGCUCCCAGUUAAUGACAAUUUGGUUAGGAGCCUCAAUGAAAAUAAUGCUCUAUUGAGGGGCACAAUAAUUGAGGCUUCUAAUAAUUUAGCAGCUGCAUUAAUCUCCAUGGGGGAGCAAAAUCUCAGAGCAGCUGAAAUACUUGCUGCUGCAAUCCGGGAUGCAAUCCCUAAAUAA